UUUGCCACGUUUGGUAGUUCCUCAAAGUUCCUUAUCCAUGGGCAGAAAAAGCAGUGAACCUGCGACGCUGCAAUAUGAUAGGCUCUAUUUCAGUAACCCACUCUGCAACUGCUAGUGCUAGCAACAUUUUUGUAUCAUGGAAAUCACUCAAAAAAUGUGGAAAUGGGCUAUGCAAUAAUAAUGUGAGAAAAUCAAGGGCAACAGUAUCAAUGUCUCUCAGAAACAGAAAUGACGGAGUAAGUGAAAGACUCUAUCUUGGGUUGGACUUUGGCACUUCUGGUGCCAGGUUUGCUGUUAUUGACAAGGGUGGUGCAAUUCAGGCUGAGGCUAAGAGAGAGUAUCCACUGUACCAGAGUGGAGAGUCAAUUGAUUGGGUACGCUCGUGGAAGGAGACACUAUUUUCAAUGCUGGAAGAUAUCCCUGUUGACCUCCGCAAACACAUUGUGUCCAUUUCUAUUGAUGGGACUUCUGCAACUACUAUCAUUGUUGAUAGUAACACAGGAGAACCAUUGUGGAGGCCUUUUCUUUACAAUGAGGGUUGUCCUGAUGCACUACCGGCAGUGAAAUCUAUUGCUCCUCCAAACCACACAGUUUGCUCUGCAUCAUCAACUCUGUGUAAGCUUGUCUCGUGGUGGAAUCAUGCUGAUUCAGACAGAAAAUCUUCUUUGUUGUUGCACCAAGCAGAUUGGCUUUUGUGGCUUCUUCAUGGAAAGCUUGGAGUUUCAGAUUAUAAUAAUGCUCUUAAGGUUGGCUAUGAUCCUGAAGUGGACUCAUAUCCAUCAUGGCUAGUCUCUCAACCAUAUUCUCAUCUUUUGCCUUCAGUUGUUGCACCGGGAACGCCAAUUGCUUGUUUAAAGGAGAACAUUGGAAACAAACUCGGUUUUCCGAAGGAUUGUGUUGUAUGCACAGGAACCACUGACAGUAUAGCAGCAUUUCUUGCAGCUCGUGCUACUCAACCUGGGAAAGCUGUCACUUCAUUGGGUUCAACACUUGCUAUUAAACUACUAAGCAACACGAGAAUUGAGGACUCUCGGUUUGGGGUGUAUAGUCAUCGCCUUGAUGAUAAAUGGCUUGUUGGUGGUGCCUCAAACACUGGUGGAGCUGUUCUUAGACAGCUGUUCACGGACGCACAAUUGGAGAAACUGAGUGAAGAAAUAAAUCCCUCACAAACCUCUCCUCUGGACUACUAUCCUUUGCCAAAAGCAGGUGAAAGGUUUCCAGUGGCAGAUCCAAUUUUGGCUCCAAGGCUUCUUCCACGUCCAGAAAAUGAUGUUGAGUACUUGCAUGGGAUUUUGGAAUCCAUUGCGCGUAUAGAGGCAAAGGGAUAUGGAUUGCUAAAUGAGCUAGGUGCAACCCAGGUAGAAGAAGUUUUCACAGCAGGUGGAGGAGCCAAAAAUGAGAAAUGGAUUAAGAUACGCGAGAGGGUGCUUGGUUUGCCUGUGAGGCGUGCUAAUCAAACAGAAGCUGCCUAUGGAGCUGCAUUGUUAGCUAUAAAGGGUGAUCAACUAAAUGUUUCUUGAAAAAAUGAUUUUUUUGGCCCUGAUUAGGCUACCACUUGCCAAGAAUGACAGGUUUCCUCAGAUGUGCUUCGUUCGAUCUGGAAAGUGGUGCAGAAAACGCUUUGUGCUGCGCAUUUCUUUCCAGUUUUUGUUCAUAAACAGUUCAUCAUUCCCGCUUGAUGGACGUGAAGAUGGAUCUUGCACCGAUAAUCAACGGUACCUGUUUGAUAAUAGACUUAGGUUUGUAAUAAUUCUACAAUACUGUUCAUGUUAUCCAAUGUAUCUUCACAUCAAAUGCUCUACUAAACAUGUAAUCAUUACAUUCUGCUACACCAAUCAACAAACAGCUUCCCUAUUCU